GGGCGCUUCAAUCUGCAGACCGAGAGAGGGAGAACGGACCGGGAACACCUCGACGCGAGUCCAGCUGCGCCUGUCAUCUGUCACCUUGUUUGAAAACUUCUUCUUCUUCUCCUCCUCCCCCGGACGGAACGAAAAUGGGAAACUACCAGAGCUAGUUUACUGUGAAGAGGACACAAGAUUCAGGCGGUGUGGGAGGGAGGGGAGUGGAGAGCUGUGCUAAAAUUGCCAGGUCGAGUCUUCGGUCGCACCUUUUUUUUUUUUACCUCCAGAGAAGAACCAGGAGCACCGUGGUCGAGAUGCAGACUUUCCUCAAAGGCCGGAGAGUCGGCUACUGGCUCAGCGAGAAGAAACUGAAGAAGCUGAAUUUCCAGGCGUUUGCUGACAUGUGCAGGAAAAGAGGAAUUGAAGUUGUUCAGCUGGACCUCAACCAGCCUCUGGAGGAGCAGGGUCCCCUGGACGUCAUCAUCCACAAACUGACCGACCUCAUCCUCGAGGCGGACCAGAAUGACUCCCAGGCUGUGCUGUUGGUGCAAAGAGUACAGGACUACAUUGAUGCCCACCCGGAGACCAUCGUCCUGGAUCCCCUUCCAGCUAUCCGAACUCUGCUGGAUCGUUGCAAGUCCUACCAGCUCAUCCACAGGAUAGAGAGUUGCAUGCAAGAUGAAAGGAUUUGCUCUCCUCCCUUCAUGGUCCUGAACACAGAGUGCAGCCCAGAUGUGCUGGAGCAUAUCAAGAGACAAGGACUCACAUUCCCUUUCAUUUGCAAAACACGGGUGGCUCAUGGAACCAACUCCCACGAGAUGGCCAUUGUCUUCAGUGAAGAGGACCUGAAGGACGUUAAGCCUCCUUGUGUGAUCCAGAGCUUCAUCAACCAUAAUGCCGUGCUUUACAAGGUGUUUGUGGUGGGAGACUCCUACACCGUGGUUGAGAGACCUUCACUGAAGAACUUUCCUGCUGGACCGGCAGACAGGAAAGCCAUUUUCUUCAACAGCCACAAUGUCUCGAAACCAGAAUCUUCCUCGGACUUGACCACGAGAGAGAACGUAGAGGGAGUAUCUCAGCCACCCAGUGAUGAUGUCAUCAGAGAGUUGUCCAGGUCACUGCGGCAGGCGCUGGGCGUGUCCCUGUUUGGCAUCGACGUCAUCAUCAACAACCAAACGGGCCAACAUGCCGUCAUUGACAUCAAUGCAUUCCCUGGCUAUGAGGGGGUCCCAGAGUUUUUCAAUGACCUCCUGAACCACAUCACCAGCGUGCUUCAGAGCCAUAACCCGGACUUCGCCCCCGCCAGCGAGCAGCCCAAAGGCCUGCCAGUGAGCGCCACGGUACCCAACGCCGCCCCGCCGAGCCCCGGCUGCUGCAGCAUGCUGGGAAAGGAGGCCGGCGGCAGCCCCUGGAUCGUGGAGGGUGAUGGCGGGCUGAAGGGCCCCCGUCAGAGACUGGGCUGCAACUCCGCCAUGUCCCCCAACUUCCAGCAGCACUGCGUCUCCACAAUAGCUACCAAGGCUUCGUCCCAGUGACUGAUUCCCCGCCCUUCUACUCCGUUUGAUCCCUCAACAAAAAAAAACGGAUGACAAUGGUGACAAUAAUGAUUAAUAAUAAUCAUAAUAAUUAUGAUGUUAAUGAUGAUAAUAUAUCUAAUCAAAGAAAAACCUUUUCCUAUAUAGUUAUUGAAAAUGAUGGUGAUUGAGUGUAAGCUUUUUUCUCUCUGCCUUUUUGUAUUUUUUGUUUUGUCUAAUGAGACUUAACAGUACUGUAAUGUGAACUUUUGGGAACUUUUGCCUAAUAGCUGAUUUUAUUUUUUUUUCUCUUCUGUGAGUUCUCUGUCAUGAAAGGGUCCACAUGAGGGCGCUAAUGGGAUUGGCUGAAUGAGGACUAGAGAAAGAUGUGCCACUAGAUGUGCAAUGUAUGAUCCCUUGUAUCUCGCACACAUUAGUGCACUCACACAUGCACAUAGGUACGUUCACGUUGCGUGGGACCGUGCCAGUGAUGUGUGUUUGUAUCCUGAUCAAUGCCGCCGGCUCCUCGGCACUAAGUGGCGGGGAGAAAAGGUGGCCGGGCAUUUGACUCCACUGGUCCCGGGCUGCUCAGCGAGAGUGGCCACAAAGAGUCUGAACGUGAAUGAGGAGAUAGUUUUGGGGUUUGGUUAGUUUACACAAACGGGUAAUCCGUACACUGUUUCCGAGUGCCAUCAAAUCGACUUCAAGCGUAGGAAGAAUGCCUGCAAAAAAAAGCAAGUGUCAAAGGAAAGAAGAAACUCUUCAUGACCACGUAACCAUGUUUUCUUUUUGAUUAUUGCACCAGAGUCUGUAGGUCUUUUGAAGUACCAGUUUAAGUUGCUCCGGUGCAGGAAGACGAGGAUCACAUUCCUUUUCCUGUUUGUGGAUGUUUUCAGAGAAUUCCAUUUUUCAUAAUUCCAGAGGGAUCUUGUGAGAUUUUUCUCAUCGCUUCACAGGUCUGUAAUCUCCUUACAGACUUAGUUCUCCACGUGUGUUCAAUGCUUGUAUCGAAUGUGAGAAAACUACUCUCCUGAAGCCAACUUGACCUAUCAAAAAAACUUGGGCUGCUGUGUUAAUAAGAUAAUUGUUAAUCAAAGAAUCAAUUAUUCAACUAAAAUCAAGGUAAAAUGUGUCUUUGAAUAUCCACUUACUGGGUAUUAAUUAUUUAGAUAUCAUUAAAUGACAAUUCUAGAUGCUCGAGGGAUUUGUUUAGCUUUAUGUCCUUAUUAUAUCCUUUUGAUUAAGUUUCACUCUAACAGCACUUUCUUACAAAAUGUGGUGAAGAAACCUUCAAUCCAGUCGGUUCAUUUGCUUCAUGCUUAAAUUCUCUGACCCGUCUCCUGUUCCAGCUGCUGUAUUUGUGUCAGAUGUUGAAAUCAUUUUGGAGGGUGUGAGGGCGAGACGGUUUAGAUCUUGUUCCCAAUGUUCACUGUGAGAUUUUUUUACUCCAAUUUUGUUAAUAUCUUUGUCCUGAUAUCUACUAAGAGCAACUUUAUUUUAUUGAGAUUUUAUGGGGAAAAGGUUUUAUAUUAAUAAAAUGAAAGCACUGGGAUGUUUUUGAAUAAAUGGUGGAUAUUUUACUCGGGGGGGGGGGGGGGGGUCCGGUGGAAUGCGGGCUGUGGUUGUACAGGUGGUGUCGCUGUCGUCUCUCUCUAGCAUCUAGUGGGAAACAAUGCCAGUUCCCCCGAGCAGGUGCCUGCUCUGGUCCCAGUGUGCUCCCUCCUAGCGGUUUAAUUUCCUCCAUCAGUCUCUGAAGGGGAACCGACUGCCCCCCGCCCCCCCUCCACCAGGGGAUGCUUGGAGUGCGACCUGUUAAAGCUGGAAAGGCUGAUAUCUGCUUACACCACUAUGUCUUAUGUCCCAUGUUGUGUUCCUUAUUGUGCUUCUAAUUGGGAAAUAAAUGGUUAAUCCUA